AUGGCCUCAUCUCCGGGUCGAGCCCGAGCACCUGCCGCCAAAGGCUCGACCACCAUCUACGACUCGUACCCGCUGAGUCUCCGCACGCUCUUCAUGGCCGCGGACGGCGAGCCACCGCCGCCUCAUGGGCACUCGAGGUCGCACGUGCUCGAGGACUCGACACAACCGGUCGUACAAAAGAACGAGCUCCUCAGCACGUUGCACGACACGUCGUCGUCCAUGGACUCGUCCGUGCUCGACUUGCACGACGGCAUGCAAUCGACCGCGGAGCCAUCGUGCCGUCCGAUUGGCAAGGUGCUGAAUGAGGUUUUUGAGCCAAGAGAGCGCUCGAAAGUGCUCAGUGCGUUGCGACAUCGAGGGAAAGCUGCAACGAAACGCACGGCUGGCGCACCGCACAACACACGGAGGCGUCCGAUGGGGCCACCGCCGACGUUUACAGCGGAAGACGUGCUCCGUGCCGGCACGUUGACGAAACAAGGAAGUUGGCGUCGGAAUUGGAAGACGCGGUUUUUUAUCCUGCGCAGUGACUGUCCGAGUUUGUGUUACUUCACGUCGGAAGACAAGCUCGAGUUACUGGGCGAAAUCGCCAUCACGGAAGACACGAUUGUGCUCGAUCGAAGUGGCGGUGGCACGGCGCCGUUUCGGUUCCAAGUUCGAUCGGACGCUCGGACGCUCUUGCUUGAAGCUGAGAGUCGGGACUUGCAGAAACGAUGGAUGGAUUCGUGUCAAGAGCUCGCGGAUGCUAUUCGAGCGUCGAAAUUUUCAGUGAAUACGUCAGUUUCGAGUCUCUCGGGAGCUCUUGAAAAGCGACGGUCGUCGGUUGUGAAAGCAGGGGGAGGGACACGAGUGACGGAUGUGGGGGAAACGAGUGCGUCGUCUCAGCACGUGGACGAGACGGAACACAGUAGUGUGCUUGAUGACACGGACAUGGGCUUGCGACGGCCGAGACGUCUUACUGUAGGUGACUCGCUAGCAACACAGGACAGUGGACGGUUGUAUGACUUGUCCGUUUCUGUACUCAUGGGUCGACGCAGUAAAUUGGCACGCUCGGUCGAGCAGUUGUCGGACAUUGACAAGGAGAAAGACCGCAUGGGCUGUUUUGUCGCCGUAAGUGGCUACAUUCACAACACCAAGCAGUUCGUGGAUCUCGGAGUGACGGAUGUUGUGAAGUUGACGACACUUGUGGCAGCAUGUGGAGCAGCCUCGAGCGCAACAGGAGAGCCAAUGCCCAUGCCGUUCUCGAUUGUUAUGACAGCAGAGCUGGAACGCUACGAUCAAUUGAGACUGACGUUGUGCAAGUCGCAAUUGACGCAGAGCCCAGGAACGAGUCAGGGGACGUUUGGAGUAGGAUGCUGUCUUUUGGACGACCAUUUAUUGGGAUCCACGCCUUGUGCUGUUUUAAUCACCGAGUGUGGUACGGCCCUGCGAGACCCUCUCGCAGCAAAUGCUCCUGUGCCACCGCAGAGGAAACUGAAGACGGGAGAGUCGAGUGAAUUGCAUUUGACUGGAAGCGGGUCGAACUCGACUUUUGCAGCAGAGGCUGAGAGUGUGCAAUUGGUGGUGCAUGCUUUCCGCUCCGUACCACCCCAAAGUGUGCUCCCCACGACAGGUGUGGACAUGGCUAAUGCCAAGUACCUUAUCCCGUCGACGCUAGCUCCUGGUCGUGAGACUGCUAGCAAGCUGGUAACAGACACGCGUAUGGAGUUUCCAGGAAAAAGCCGUGGCAGUGACGUCCGUACGUUCAUGGAAAACGACACUUUUGUUUCCGAUGUUGAAGUAGGAAUGUUGAAUGAAGCUUCGUACGGUAGCUUGCGGUUCGUGGCAGUGGACGAGAUUUUGCGUGUGCCGCGGAGUACAUUUGCGUUGCCGGUAGCGUAUUUGGAUUUCCUAGAGGAGCAAGCGCUCGAGCGCUCACGGUGGCUACAGAAGCAGCUGCUUAUGAACGCUGCCCAACCGCGCAACAACGAGCGGCUUGACGUGGAACUUAAUUUCUUGCGCAAAAAGCAGGAGGAGUAUCUCAAACAGCGUCAGUUCCUUAUUCAACAGGAGAAGAGGUUGCUAGAUGAGCAAGAAGAUGGCAAGUUCUUUUUGGCGGCCAAGCGCGCAGGCUUGAUUUCGGUCGCGAAUGAACGCGAUCCAGUGUCUGCGUCGAGCUCUUCAGCGGCAAGUUCUGCGCCGAGCCUUACCGUGGCAAGUUCUGCGUCGACGAGGAGUGGAGAUGCCGAGGCGGUUGCACCGUUCAAGCGUAGUACGUACAAAAACCUGAACCUCUGGCAGUUCUUGCCUACCAACAUGCAGGACCAAUUUCUUUGUACGUACAAGCCGCCUGUGCGAACCGAUCUGAGUCAUGGUGGACGACGCACACCUACCCUGCCGCGACGAUUUGUGUGGCACACAAUGACGAUGGGCUGUCCGGCCGCUCAUACAAAGGGGUUUGCCAAUGGCGGCUAUCCCGCUUCGGUUCCCAUUAUGGUAGCUAACUCAAACGGCGCACUGGAUGAGGAAGUUCUGGACAGCAGGUAUGGAGGCGGUUCUCAGAGACCAACUUCCCCGGUAUCGGCCCACAAAGGAGGGAACAGCAAUGCGUCAGGAGCACAAGGUGACGAUACAUUGACAGGUUUCAAGCUGCGGCUUGAGUUGCAAGACCGACUGACCGUUAUCGGCAGCCAAAUUUUGUCUGCUACAGCGGCCUGUAUACUUGCUUCAUUGGACCUGGCAUUAAACGGGAGCGCCUUGCAUCAAGCACAGCUCGACCGCGCCCCGACGUUUGGCUUCCUUAUGAAUUUUGAGUCCUUGUUGAGUACGCAGGGCAAAGAAUAUGGCAUGCUUGAAGACUUUGCAGCGGGAGCGCGAUGGUUGCGCAACAUAUUUAUUCAGUUCCGCCGGCAUACGACCACGGGUUCAUUCUUUUCGUUCCGAAAGUAUACGCCCCCGGGGUCGAAUGCGGUUGAUCAGAACUGCUUUCUGUUGACGAUUGGUAUUGACAGCAGCCACAUGUCCGUGCUACCGCAGUCGUUAGUAUCGGGCGACGGAACUGUCCGCGUGCGCUGCGUGCUGUUUUCACAGGGAGUGAACGAGAAGCAGAGUCUUGUGCAUGCUUACAAGUCCAGCGCUGUCAAAUUGCAGGAGCGUGUGAACCGGGACAAUUUGCAGGAGUUAAAGCGUAUCUACGCGCUUUACCGGCAAUUGCGCAUGGACGAGAUGGAGAACCGUGUCUGGGAAAGCCGUCAAGCCCGGUCGAACAGCGGAGCGUCGCUUGGUGCUGCCGAGGACGCUGAUGGAGCUGCCACAGCAAUGGACAGACACGAUCUUCAAGCUCUGGACGAUUUGCUGGUUCAAAUCGAGCACCACAUCUGCUCUUCUACGAGCCAGUACAAGAAGAAUGUGGCACUAUUGAUGGACUCUUCCGACUUUUGCAGAGCUUUGGGUGGAGCACGUGUCACGUGUUGCAAGAGUGGUAAGGACCGUACGGCAAUGUCAGUGACGUUGGAGCAGACGCGAUUACUACGCACUGAGCUUCAAGCUGCUCAAGACGCGGCACUUUGUGCCAACAUGCGACUCUACGGUGUACGUCGUCGCAACGUCUUUAUGAACACGAAAGCCGACAAGUUUGCCUUCAAUGAGGUGCAACGAAAGAUGCUGCCUGAGUGCUACAAACCGCCAGUGGGUACGUACAAGUCCGGCAAAACGUAA